CCCCGCCGCUUCCCCGCAAAAACAAAAAAAAAAAGAAAAGGAGAGAAAAAAACUCCUUUCCGCCACCCUCCCCUUCCCCUCUCUCUCUCUCUCUCUCUCUCACGCAGCCGAAUCGCGAGGAGAGAUUCCAUUUCCCCACCAUGGCCUCCCUCCUCCUCCUCCUCCUCCUCGUGCUCUCCCUCGCCGCCGUCCACACCGACGCGGCCGCGUUCCCGUCGCCGGCAGAUAGCAUCGUGAGGCAGCUGUCGUCGGUGGUGAAAUGGCCGCGGGUUCCUUCGUCGUCGUCGUCGUCGUCGCACGGGCACAAGCAGCCCUCGCACCCGCAGUACGAUGGGGGUGUGGCUCUGCAGUUUGAGAGCGGCUACUUUGUGGAGACGCUCGUGGAAGGGGACAAGCUUGGCGUCACGCCACACACCAUUAGGGUGUCCCCUGUUGAGGGUGGAGAGCUCCUUGCAGUGGACUCGGCACAUAGCAACAUUGUGCGAAUAACUCCGCCACUGUCCGAGUAUAGCAGAGGAAGACUGGUUGCUGGUUCUUUCCAGGGGCAUUCUGGCCAUAUAGAUGGCAAACCAAGUGAUGCACGAUUCAAACGCCCCACAGGCGUUGCCGUGGAUGAUACAGGAAAUGUCUAUGUUGCUGAUACAGCAAACUUAGCAAUUCGGAAGAUUGGGGAAUCAGGAGUGACCACCAUUGCUGGUGGAAAAUCAAACAUCCCAGGUUAUAGGGAUGGUCCAAGUGAAGAUGCAAAGUUCUCUACUGAUUUUGAUGUGGUAUAUGUGAAGAAAAUGUGCUCUUUGCUGGUUAUUGACCGUGGAAAUGCUGCACUUAGGAAAAUUGCCCUUCCGCAAGAAGAUUGUACCUACCAGGAUGCAACUCUUCUAUCGUCAGAUAUCAUAUUGGUCAUUGGUGCUGUUGUUGCCGGAUAUAUUUUCUCUGUUGUGCAACAUGGAUUUGGGUCAUCAACUGCUGAAAAGAUCGAAGCACCUGAAGAUGAGCAUCAGGAGAGCAGCACCGUGGGAAAGCCACCUUUGGUUGUGGAGAGCCUGAAAGAGGAGCCAAGUGCUGGGUGGCCUUCUCUUGGGACUCUUAUUGGUGAUCUACUGAAACUUGUUAUUGAAGGGGUGGGGAAUCAGCUUCUCAGGCUCGUCCCAUCACGCCUGCAACAUGGGAAGAGAAAAACAGACCUCACUCCACUCAAAGACAGGCUUGUGAUGCCUGAAGACACAGAGGAGACCCCAGUAGCCCAGAAGUUAAGUAGCACUCCAAUGAGACCCGAGACACUCCAUGGUCCUAACCCAGUAAACGAAACAGCACCGAAGGCCCAGAAGAGUGUCAAAUCAUCCAAAUUUAGGGAUUCUACGCUGUCAAGCAAGCACAGGUCCUCCAAGAGGCAGGAAUACGCGGAGUUCUACGGUUCAUCCGAAACACCUCAAGUGAGCUCAAAGGUCCCAAAAGAUCGGCUACGCCACCGCCACCGGGAGAAGAGUGGGGAAGCUGUUUAUGGGACUAGUCAUCCGGAGCCCAAGCCUGCGGAAGUGAAGCCCGCAGACUACAGUGACCCAAAGUAUGAUCCCUACAACAUCAGAAGCAAAUAUGGUGCUGACAGCGGCUACAGGUACUGAUGCCCCGUUCCUGCCAUCGUUCGGCAUCUAUCUACCCCCAGUGUACUGAUAUCAACUUCCAUUAGUCGUUGUGCAAAAGCACAAAGCUGCUGCCGGUGCUUAUGGGUCAUUUUCUCACCAGUUGUAACCACCCAUAAGAUGAGAUGCGGCAGAUGGUCAUUCUAGUUAGGUGGUGAUCCUAUAUCAAUUUGGCAUCCGGAAUCCCUCUAUGCGGUUCAGGGGAAAGCCAAAAUGUAAUUUCGCGCAGAAAGCAACCCGUAGCCUGGUAGUAAUUUUGAUCUGCUCAAUACCUUUCAUGUUGCAUGCUUGAGCUCUGGUCUUGCCAUGUUAUGUUACAGCCUGUGGUGCAUGGGCCAUCUGUCAUGACAGGCAAGUCCAAUGUCAAACCAGCUGAAAUGCAGCUCCUAUCCUAGUUCUCCUUGAGCUGUCAAUGAAAGUGAGGUCUCAUUCUUCUCUCUUUA